ACAAUCAAGAACUAGCCGCGCGACGCUCGGCGUAGCACAUGUACGUGAUUCUCAAUUGUUUAUCAUAGCGCUGCCGUUUUGCUCAUUUAGGAAGCGACUGCCAUGGAGCACAGUUUGUCCCAAUCAGAGGAAGCUGCAUCCAUGCAGCAAUUGCUGCAACAGCUGUUGCAGCAGCAGCAACAGCAACAACAACAGCAGCAGCAGCACCAAGAGGAAGUGCAACGAACGUUGCACUUCCUCUUUGAGGAGUUGCACAAGCAGCAGCAGCCGCAGCCGCAGCAGCAGCAGCCGCAGCCGCAGCAGCAGCUGCAACAGCAGCAGCCGCAACAGCCGCAGCCAAAACGAAAAAAAAGAGGUGCCGGCCGGGCGCGGGCCCGCUGGCGAGCCCAACGGGGCUUCUGGGGUGUUGGCCGAGGGGCAGGUCGAGGCCAAGACAGCGGCGUCGACGGUCGAGGUGGUGGCCGAGGCGGUGGUCGAGGUGGCCGAGGUGGCGGCCGAGGUGGUGGUCCUACAUGUACAUAUAUUUAUAAAUAUUAUGAGUUUUCAAAAGAAUAAAUAU